AUGGCUCGUGAAUAUUCUCCGCAUUCCCCUCCCGCAUUCCCCUCCCGCAUUCCCCUCCCGCAUUCCCCUCCCGCAUCCCCCCCCCAUUCCCCUCCCUCAUCCCCUUCCUCCAUCCCCCCUCCCCAUUCCCCUCCUGCAUUCCCCUCCCGCAUUCCCCUCCCUCAUUCCCCUCCCCCAUUCCCCUCCCGCAUUCCCCUCCCUCAUUCCCCUCCCCCAUUCCCCUCCCCCAUUCCCCUCCCCCAUUCCCUCCCCCAUUCCACACCCCCUCGCACACGAGCAGGCCGCAUCGCAUCAUUCUGGCCGCAUCGCAUCAUUCUGGUGCGGCACGGGCAGAGCGAGGGCAACGUGGACGAGGCGGCGUACACGCGCAUCCCCGACUCCAAGAUCGCUCUCACGCGCAAGGGGUGGGAGCAGGCGGUGGAGAGGGGCAGGAAGCUGCGCGAGCUGAUCGAGGCAGAUGGGGAGGAGGAUUUCAAGGUCUACUUCUACGUCUCGCCCUACACGCGCACUCUGCAGACCCUCAGGGGCGUGGGGUUGGCGUUUGAGAGGGAGAGGAUAGCGGGCACGCUCAGGGGAGUGGGGUUGGCGUUUGAGAGGGAGAGGAUAGCGGGCACGCUCAGGGGCGUGGGGUUGGCGUUUGAGAGGGAGAGGAUAGCGGGCACGCUCAGGGGCGUGGGGUUGGCGUUUGAGAGGGAGAGGAUAGUGGGCACGCUCAGGGGAGUGGGGUUGGCGUUUGAGAGGGAGAGGAUAGCGGGCGUGAGAGAGUCCCCUUCCUCACAUUCUCAUUCUCUUACGCUCAGGGGCGUGGGGUUGGCGUUUGAGAGGGAGAGGAUAGCGGGCACGCUCAGGGGCGUGGGGUUGGCGUUUGAGAGGGAGAGGAUAGCGGGCACGCUCAGGGGCGUGGGGUUGGCGUUUGAGAGGGAGAGGAUAGCGGGCACGCUCAGGGGCGUGGGGUUGGCGUUUGAGAGGGAGAGGAUAGCGGGCACGCUCAGGGGAGUGGGGUUGGCGUUUGAGAGGGAGAGGAUAGCGGGCACGCUCAGGGGCGUGGGGUUGGCGUUUGAGAGGGAGAGGAUAGCGGGCACGCUCAGGGGCGUGGGGUUGGCGUUUGAGAGGGAGAGGAUAGCGGGCACGCUCAGGGGAGUGGGGUUGGCGUUUGAGAGGGAGAGGAUAGCGGGCACGCUCAGGGGAGUGGGGUUGGCGUUUGAGAGGGAGAGGAUAGCGGGCACGCUCAGGGGCGUGGGGUUGGCGUUUGAGAGGGAGAGGAUAGCGGGCACGCUCAGGGGAGUGGGGUUGGCGUUUGAGAGGGAGAGGAUAGCGGGCACGCUCAGGGGCGUGGGGUUGGCGUUUGAGAGGGAGAGGAUAGCGGGCACGCUCAGGGGCGUGGGGUUGGCGUUUGAGAGGGAGAGGAUAGCGGGCACGCUCAGGGGAGUGGGGUUGGCGUUUGAGAGGGAGAGGAUAGCGGGCACGCUCAGGGGAGUGGGGUUGGCGUUUGAGAGGGAGAGGAUAGCGGGCGUGAGAGAGGAGCCCCGCAUCCGCGAGCAAGACUUUGGCAACUUCCAGGACAGGGAGAAGAUGAGGAGGGAGAAGAAGGUGCGGCUGAGCUACGGGCGCUUCUUCUACCGGUUCCCCGAUGGCGAGUCCGCUGCUGACGUCUAUGACCGUGUCACAGGCUUCCGGGAGACACUAAGAGCGGACAUAGACGUGGGGCGGUUUCAGAGGGAGGAGGCAGCAGCGCGCAACAUGAACCUCGUGCUGGUGUCGCACGGGCUCACCCUGCGCGUCUUCCUCAUGCGUUGGUACAAGUGGACGGUGGAGCAGUUUGAAGGGCUCUACAACUUCCCCAACGCCGGCUGCAUGAUCAUGCAGCUGGGGCCGGGCGGCAGGUACAGCCUGCGCAUGCACCAUAGCCGCGAGAAGCUUGGGGCUUCACCCAUCUACACGCCCUCCAACUCACCCGUCUCCCCCCCGCCCUUCUCACUCACCUGUGCACACCCCCUCUUACUCACCCGUUUCCUCCCGCCCUUCUCACUCACCCUUGCACACCCCUUCACCCGCCCCCCUCCCCACACUCACUCGCCCAUCCACGUCCCCUCCCAGGUACAGCCUGCGCAUGCAUCACAGCCGCGAGGAGCUGCGGGCGUUCGGGAUGACGGAGAGCAUGAUCGACGACCAGGAGUGGUGAGAUCCAUGUUCCCUACAUCAACCGCAUAUGGCAUUGCCUAG